CAGCCCGGAGCCUCACUGGCCCCCAGGAGCCCACGGAGCCUCCCUGCCUGCUGAAGUCAUAUAAAGCCUCCCUGAGGGCUGUCCCCCACCCGCCUGUGACCAUGAAGGCUGUCCUCCUUACCCUGCUGGCCAUCGGCUUGGCCCUCCAGCCAGGUACCGCCCUCCAGUGUUACUCCUGCACAGCCCAGGUGAGCAACAGGGACUGCCACAACGUGCAGAACUGCACCCAAGGCCAGACCCAGUGCAAGACGGAGCGCAUCCGUGCAGUUGGGCUCGUGACUGUUAUCAGUAAGGGCUGCAGCUCGGACUGUGUGGAAGAUGCGGAGAACUACUACGUGGGCAAGAAGAACAUCACGUGCUGUUCCAGGGAUCUGUGCAAUGCCAGUGGGGCCCACGGCCUGCAGCCAGCCACCGCGCUGGGGCUGCUCGCCACGCUUGGCAGCCUGCUGCUGUGGGGGCCCAGCCAGCUGUAGGCUCCAGGAGGGUCCACAGCCAAUGCCGUGUCCCUGACCUCAUGACCUGGCAGAGGUCUAACCCUCACCCUGCUCCCCACCUCCAUAGCUCCCCCGGGACUCCUGCCCGGUGCCCGCCUGCCCAGCAGGCUGGGCUGCAGUGCCUUAGAACAGCCUGCAGCCGGCUCCUCUGCAGGCCUUGGCUACUGCUGUUGCCACAGCCCAUGUUUUGGCCACCUUUGCUCAGGUGCCUCCUCUAGGAAGCCUUCUCUGCCCUCUCCUCCAGGAUUGAGCCAGGGCCUUCCAAGGCUGAGAUGAGACGGGCUGGGUAGCAGUCGGGCUGGGAGGGUCACAAAGCCCUGGGAUCUAGAUGAGGCAGGCAGGGAGGGACGAGCCCCUGUUGAUGGACAACCUGGGAGCAGCCUGUAUGCCAGUAUGCUCUUAAUAAACACCUGUUGGACAAGC